AGAACUUAAUUAAUAAAACACGAUCGAACGCGGCACAGAACAGCAAUAAAAAGUAACUGCACGCGCUCAAGUUGUUUUUUUGCCCCUCCACUCCAAAGUUAAGCUCGAUUCUUAACCGCACAAAUCGAUCUAGAUCGCGCGCGCGCGCACCAGCUGUUUUUGUUGUGCUUUUUUUGUCGCUCUUCUAUCCCCCUGCUGUCACCCUUCGCUUCGAGAGUGUUUUAAGCGCGCGCGGCACAGACAGCGUUGCGUCGUCGUUCUCGACGCCGUCUCCACGGUAUCGAAGUGCGCGAUCUCGAGCGAGUGCUCAAAGUGUGCGCCUCCGGUUCAGUUCGACGAGCAAACGCGGUCACGCAGUUUGUUCUCCACCGUUCGGAGUGUUUGAGUGGCGCGUGUGAUACCAGAACAGGGCCCCAAAAUCGGACUACUUUGCGUAAACGCCCACGGUGUGCUGCUUGGUGUGUCGUUUGCUAAUGGAUUUUUAAUAUGGUCGCGUCCGCGAGCCGAGGCAUGCGAAAACGCUCAGCGGCUGCCCGAGUGUGCGAGUGUUAGGCGCGGCGAUUCGAAUUGACAGUUACGAGAUGGCUUUGUCGGAGAUGAUGACGAUGAUGACGACGGCGACGAUCACAACAAAAACGACCACUGCCGAUCAGGGUGAACCAGCAGUGAGUGAGUGCGUGAUUCAGUAGCGUCCAGGCUGUGGUGUAGUUCGGAGAUUUGCUAAAUUGCUACCGCACCAACCAGAUGAAUCAGAAUGUAGCGAUGCAAAGCAGUGGCCCAUUGUCUUGAGAAGUAUCUAGACAAGCAAGAAGCUUUAGAGGUGUGAAGAUAUAUUAUCUGCCAGCAGUGCAUUUUGUAUCUUUUAUCGUUGUUCCAUGUGCGAUAUACUCGAACGUCAACUGCAGCUAUACGGUCGUGGUUCGCAACUUUGUGAAGUGUCUGAUAGUGUGCAAACCGUUGAGAGGUGUGGUUGAAGUAGUAAACUUGAUGUCUUUCAUCUAUUUUUAGCUUCAAAAAGUUGUAAACAAAGCUCGUGAAGUGAUAUAGUGCUAAACGGUGUGCAUCUGAUGUGUUUUAUUAGUGUAAUCUUCCAAGAAAUUGCUACCACCAGCAGAAAACACGACCAUCUUGCGUAAAGUAGCAAUCACUCAUAUGUGUUCUGCGGUACAAAAAUUCUACAUGCGGCAGUGUCGCUGUCGGAAGUGAAACGCGAAUGGGACAGGGAGGACUAAUCUCUUGCAGAAAUCUCACACACGUCUCAAUUAGCUGUAAGUGAUUAGCGCUUUCCGUGUAUUGCUACAAUCGUUUCAACAAUUCCGAGCAAAACCAGCAUCGUCAUCGUCACCAUCAUCAUCAGCACCAUCGAAAACGACACCAACCAACAUGGUUUACGUCUCCACCCGUUCAGCUACGCUAUGGAUGCCUCUACUACUGCUGCAGAACCUUGUCACAAUCAAAUCAUUCGAAGUGUACUGGAACAUACCGACCUUCAUGUGCAACCAGUUUGGCUUCGAGUUUAGCAGUGUCAACCGGACGUACUCGGUCGUGCAAAACCGAAACGAUACCUUCCGUGGCAACGCCGUCUCGAUACUGUACGAUCCGGGCAAGUUCCCGGCCCUGCUCGAGAAACCGUCCACCAAAACGCUCUACAAGCGUAACGGUGGUGUGCCGCAGGAGGGCAACCUGACCGAGCAUCUGGAGAUAUUCGAGCGCCAUCUGGACGAGCUGAUACCGGAUCGCAAUUUCAGCGGUAUCGGCAUCAUCGACUUCGAGUCCUGGCGGCCCAUCUACCGGCAGAACUUUGGCUCGCUCCAACCGUACAAGGAUCUGUCGGUCAAGAUCGAACGCGAACGACACCCGUACUGGUCGGGCAACCAUCUCGAACGGGAGGCGACCCGUCGGUUCGAAGCAACAGGGCGCGAGUUUAUGGAGCAAACGCUGCUGCUAGCGAAACAGCGACGACCCCAAGCGGCCUGGGGUUACUAUGCCUUUCCCUACUGCUUCAACAUGAACGGUGCGGCUAGCACUCGCUCGGAAAACUGUUCACCGGAAGUGCAGCGAGAAAACAACCGCAUCAUGUGGCUGUUCGAUGGAUCGGACAUCAUCUUCCCAUCUGUCUAUCUGCGGGAAAAGCUAUCACCAAGCGAACGGGAGCAGCUAAUACGGGGACGCGUCCGAGAAGCCGUCCGGGUGGCGCAGCGCACCAAGCCAAGGCGCAAAGUUUUGACCUAUCUACGCUACGUUUACACCGACUCCAUUCAGUACCUGACGGAAAGCGACUGGAUCAAUGCACUCGCAGCUAUGAAGAGUACCGGAUCCGAUGGUAUCAUUUUGUGGGGCAGCUCAUUCGAUCUUAACACACGGCAAAAAUGUACCUCCUUUAAAGCGUACCUGGAUAGUACGCUCGGACCCGUGCUUAGCACGCUGCAACCGCGCUACAUAGUGAAAAACAUUCCAGAUACAUCGACCUGAAUCUACACCGUUAGGGUAAAAUUAUUAAAGCAGCUUUCUUUUGUCUUUGCCAAAUGAACCAACCAACCAAUCAACCAACAACCACCAGGGGAUCCAUCAACAAGAUACAGCAAGUGGUGGUCUACGCUUAAGCAGACUGUUCGAUUUCGUUAAGGAUUUUUAUACAAUUUUUUACUGUACGAUACAACGAAAUAAAUAUGCCUAAAAUGUGAA